CUUGCCGGGGUCUCACUAUCCUCUCUAUUUUGGAACCAUUAAUAUCCGUUUAUAGUAAGCCCUCAUCUCUUCCCUCUCUGCACUCCUCUCUCUCCUCCUCCUCCCCUGCCUUCUUCCCUGUCUAAAACUACACGCCACAUCUCUCUUUGUAAUCCUUCACCUGCUUCGCCAAACACUCCUUCUUCAUGGAGAGAUGGUCUGAACUCACGGCGAAAUAUUGAGGUCGCGUGCUCUGAGGCUGUGUUUCUUAUAUGGCGUACCACAACCAUCAUCUCUCUCAAGACCUGCCGCUCCACCAUUUCACAGAGCAAUCUCAUCACCAGCAGCAGCAGAACCAGGCGCUGACUGAUAACUCCUUGCGGACGAUAUUGCAGGACCCGACCAGUAAGGCCGGCUCCGAUCCCCACCAACACCACCACCCGCUUCAAACCGCUCCCAAUUGGCUCAACAACGCUCUCCUCCGAACUCACUACACCGACAAUAACAACGGCAACAACAGUAACAGAACUGCUCCUAACAAUACCAACGCCACCAAUUUCCUCAACCUCCAUACCGCCGCCUCCGACUCCACCGGAGCUGCUUCCCAAUCCUCCAGCCAAUGGCUGGCACGCCCGAUCCUCCACCGGAAUCAUAGCGACGUCAUUGACGACGUCACCGCCGGGGACUCUAUCAUCGCCGGUGCGACUUUGUCCCAUGAGUCCGCGGAUUUAAAGGCGACCGGUGACAACCUCAACAGCAAGGGCGAGGCGGUGGUGGUGGACAGCUCCGGCGCCACCGGGGACGGUUUGAUGAACUGGCAGAAUGCUCGCUUCAAGGCGGAGAUUCUUGCCCACCCGCUGUACGAACAGCUGCUAUCGGCACACGUGGCGUGCCUGCGGAUCGCCACGCCGGUUGACCAGCUGCCGAGGAUCGAUGCUCAACUGGCUCAGUCGCAGAAUGUGGUUGCCAAGUACUCGGCGUUGGGACACGGGAGCCAGAGCAUGGUUGGGGACGAUAAGGAACUCGAUCAGUUCAUGUCGCACUAUGUCUUGUUGCUUUGUUCAUUCAAAGAACAACUUCAACAACACGUCAGGGUCCAUGCAAUGGAAGCAGUGAUGGCUUGUUGGGAGAUAGAGCAAUCCUUACAAAGUCUAACAGGAGUUUCACCGGGAGAAGGCACAGGGGCAACAAUGUCAGAUGAUGAAGACGAUCAGGUGGACAGUGAUGCCAACCUGUUUGAUGGUAGUUUGGAUGGUUCAGACAUGGGAUUUGGUCCCCUGAUUCCAACGGAGAACGAGAGGUCCCUCAUGGAGCGUGUAAGGCAGGAAUUAAAGCACGAACUCAAACAGGGCUACAAGGAGAAAAUUGUGGACAUAAGAGAGGAAAUUUUGCGCAAGAGACGAGCUGGGAAACUUCCUGGUGACACCACCUCCGUUCUUAAAACUUGGUGGCAGUCACAUGCCAAGUGGCCUUACCCUACAGAGGAAGACAAAGCAAGGUUGGUUCAGGAAACUGGCUUGCAAUUGAAGCAGAUUAACAAUUGGUUCAUCAACCAAAGGAAGAGAAACUGGCACAGCAAUCCCUCCACCUCAACGGUGUUGAAGAGCAAGCGCAAAAGAAGUAAUGCAGGUGAUAACAGUAACGCGGAUCGUUACAUUUAAACGGAGGAAAAACUAGAAGGAUCUCUGAGUAUACCUCAUUCAUUCUUUCUCUUGGAUCGGUCUUGUUGCCUGGAAAUGGAGUGAGAAAGAAGCAGACUUGUCAUUGGUCUGACUGGGGAAACAGAGUAAGGAGCUAUUAUAAUCUUCAUCAGCCAUUUUAACUCAUGCCUCGCAGUCUGUAGGGUAUAGAUUAGUUUGAUCAGUACAUGUUGGGGGUGGGGGGGAGCGACAUAUUUAGGAGGUUCAAUUACAAAUUUUAUAGCGAAGUCGAUUAGGAUUACUCCGCGGGCUUAUGAUUUUUUUCGCAUAUUAUAUAAUGUUUGUGAAAUAUAUAUAUUAUAUGCAUACGAUUAGAAGUCGGGGGCUGUGGGUGUACAGUCAUAAUCUGUGCAUUUUUCCUUACAAUCAUACUGUUUUGUUUAGUUUUCUGAAUUUUCAGGUUGUAGUAAAAUUGUUAUACCGCAUACAGUAAGUACUUAAUAUUUGCAGUUCUCGAGUUUAUGGCGUGUGAUGAUCCUUCAUAGGGAAGUGCCGCAUGGUUUAAAAUUUUGUAAUCAUUUGCAUGAAUAAGUAAUAAAGUUCGGGUUUUUUAAGGAA